GGUUACUGUCACAGGUGAGAAUGUUAACCCGUGUGUUAUUUCAUGAAUAUGAAGAAGAUAUGUGUACACGCGUAGAGUGCCUGUGCUCUUCAACUAGUACUGAUUUAUUUUUGGCAUCUGACAUUAGCAUUUGCCCUUUUCCUAUGUUAGCACUGUCCACCAUGAAGACUGACCAGAUGUGUUGAUAACGUUAGUGAGCCAGUUGCUCGUUUGCUCGUUAUAUUAUAUCCCAUUAAGUGUUUGGAUGAUGGAUUUAACGGCUUUGUAAGGACUAUACAGGCAUUGAUUGAUACGCUUGUGGGUAGCAGCAUCAGUAUAGUAGUCUAGUAGCCUUAUAUAACCAGUCACGCCAACAUGACCAAAGAGGACGAGAUCCCGGAUUGGGUGGGAGCUCAGGAGUUCUAUGGCAAAUAUGACCCCAAGGAGAUCCUGGGAAGGGGGGUGAGUAGCGUGGUGCGACGUUGUAUUCAUAAACAAACCCAACAGGACUAUGCAGUCAAAAUCAUCGACGUCACUCCUUCUGACAAGAUCUCAGCUGCAGAGAUCGAGGAGAUCAAAGAGGCCACAGUGAAGGAGAUUGAUAUUCUCAAAAAAGUCUAUGGAAUGGACAACAUCAUACAGCUGAAGGACUGCUAUGAGUCUAAAGCCUUCUUCUUCCUGGUGUUUGACCUGAUGAAGAGAGGAGAGCUGUUUGACUACCUCACAGAAAAAGUAACUCUGAGUGAGAAGGAAACCAGGAAGAUCAUGCGUGCCCUGCUGGAGGUGGUUAAGUUCCUCCACGACGAGAACAUCAUCCACAGAGACCUGAAGCCUGAAAAUAUCCUGCUGGACGACAACAUGGAUAUUAAGCUCACUGACUUUGGCUUCUCCCUACAGAUUGAGCCCGGACAGACACUCAACGAAGUGUGUGGGACCCCUGGAUACCUGGCUCCUGAGAUCAUUGAGUGCUCCAUGGACCCCAACCACAGGGGAUAUGGGACUGCAGUCGACAUAUGGAGUUCAGGGGUGAUCUUGUACACCCUGCUAGCUGGAUCCCCUCCCUUCUGGCACAGAAAACAGAUGAUGAUGCUUCGUAUGAUCCUAGCUGGGAACUACGACUUCACCUCUCCUGAAUGGGACGACCGCUCCGACACUAUCAAAGACCUAAUCUCCAGGAUGUUGGUGGUAAACCCAGAUCAGCGUUACACAGCCCAAGACUGCCUGAACCACCCCUUCUUCCAGAAGUAUGUGGUGGCUGAAGUACGACACUUCACCCCCAAGAGGAGGUUCAAGGUCGUCUGCAUGACAGUGCUGGCCGUGAUGCGCAUCUACUGUAAUUACCGCCGCGCCAAGCCUAUCACCAAGGAGGUGAUCAAGAACGACCCGUACGCCAUCAAGCCCAUCCGCAAGCUGAUCGACGCCUGUGCCUUCAAGAUCUACGGCCACUGGGUCAAGAAGGGCCAGACUCAGAACAGAGCCGCCCUGUUCGAGAACACUCCCAAGGCCAUCCUGCUGUCCAUAGCAACAGAGCCCGAGGACUCCUCCAUGCACUCCUGGUAAUGACGAUGAUGCUGCUGUUUGUUUCUCAGUCCAGGUCCUGAGAGGAGGGAGGUGGGACUUUACAUAAGCAUUCCAUCUGUCCCAAUUCUCUAUCAUUUUUAAAUCAAUGGUUUUGAAUGUGGGAGGAGUGUACAGCUGCACACGUCAGGAGAAAGAACAGAAUUGGGCUGGUAUGUCGUUGGGCUCAGCUCAGGAUUUAAUUGGGCUGAUUGAAGCAUGGGAGUGACACAAUAACAAAAAAAACUUUGGGUGGGACACUUUAGAGAUGAGAUAUAUAUUGUUCUUUGUAUUGGAGGUGCUUGCACACCUGAUUCAAUUCGUCACUAAUCAUCAAUGCCUUAUAUGGGUGAAUCAGGUGAGCUAGUUUAGAGCUACAACAAAAUUGUUAAACAUCUGGCUGUACCAGAGGAGAGGUUUGAGAACCACCGUUUUAAACAAUAGAUUGAUUAUAACGAAGACGUGGGAAAUGUCCUAGAACUAUGACCUGCACUGAGGAAUAUUGGUCCACUGUGUUUAGUACGGAACAAAUAGCUAGAUGACAUCCACAGUGAGAUAUCUGUUUAUAACAAUCACUUAUCUAGAGCUUAUACCCUUAACUCAACAUUGAUAAAGAAUGGUGUCCAUUCUAUUAUAUAGAUUUCUGUGUUCUGAAAUAUUGCACCCUACUGAAUUAUUCCUAGAUAUGAAGUGUUACAUUAUGGUUAAAAAGGUCAUUUCAACUGUAUGAGCUUCAACACAGCACAUAAAUUCCAUAUGCAUACAGUGUUAUGUAAAAGACUAUGCUCUGCCUGCAAAGCUUCUUAGUACUAUGUAGCUAGUGAUUUUCUUCCCUUUGCUCAGUAUGUGCAAUGAACCCUGCAUGCGUGAACUGGCAUGCACUAAGACAUGUGCAUUCUUUUUAUUUUUACAUACAGAACCAGUCAAAAGUUUGGACACCUACUCAUUCAAGGGUUUUUAUGUUCUACAUUGUAGAACAAUAGUGAAGACAUCAAAACUAUGGAAUCAUGUAGUAACCAAAAAGUGUUAAACAAAUAUUUUAAGUAGGUUCACAUUUGACAGCGUUGCAUUCUCUCAACCAGCUUCACGAGGAAUGCUUUUCCAACAGUCUUGAAGUUCCCACAAAUGCUGAGCAUUUGUUGGCUGCUUUUCCUUCACAUUGCGGUCCAAACCAUCUCAAUUGGGUUGAGGUCAGGUGAUCUGAUGCAACACUUCAUCACUCUCCUUGCUCAAAUAGCACCUAACACAGCCUGGAUGUGUUGGGUCAUUGUCCUAUUGAAAAACAAAUGAUAGUCCCACUAAGCGCAAACCAGAUGGGGUAUCGCUGCAAAAUGCUGGUUAAGUGUACCUUGAAUUCUAAAUCUGUGUAACCAAAAAAAGCACCAUCACAACACCUCCAUGCUUCAUGGUGGGAACACCAUCCGUUCACCUACUGUCUCUCACAAAGACCUAGCGGUUGGAACCAAAAAUCUCACAUUUGGACUCGACAGAUUUCCACUGGUCGUGUUUCUUGGCAAGUCUCUUCUUAUUGGUGGGUUUUCCCCCCCAGCAAUUCAACCAUGAAGGCCUGAUUCAUGCAGUCUCCUAAACAGUUGUCUGUUACUUGAACUCAAGCAUUUAUUUGAGGUGCAAUUAACUAAUAAACGUAUCCUCUGUAGCAGAGGUAACUCUGGGUCUUCCUUUCCUGUGGUGGUCCUCAUGAGAGCCAGUUUCAUCAUAGCGCCUAAUGGUUUUUGCAACUGCACUUGAAGAAAAUUCUCAGAUUACUUUAAGACAUGGUCAGUCAAUGAUGGAAUGUUGUUUCUCUUUGCUUAUUUGAGCUGUUCUUGACAUAUGGACUUUGCCCUAUUUGGUAAAAGACCAACUUCUGUUUACCUUGUCAGAACACAACUGAUUGGCGCCAAUGCAUAAAGACAUUCCAGGUAACUACCUCAUGAAGCUGGUUGAGAGUGUGCAAACCGUGGCUACUUUGAAGAAUCUCAAAUGGAAAAUAUAUUUUGAUUUGUUUAAGUUAUUUUAUAGUUUUGAUGUCUUCACUAUUCUAUAAUGUAGAAAAUAGAAAGAAACCUUUGAAUAGGUAGGUGUCCAAACUUUUGACUGUAGGUUAUACUGCAAACUGUUUAAGGGAGAGUGUGAGAACACUUAAAAUGUAUGUUAAUGUUUCGAUGAAUUUUAUUUAUUACAAAUCUCAACCUGGA